UCCGAUUCCAGUUAGACUUUUCCCCUGGGGCCUGGCGAUGUCAAGAACGGAGCAUUGAUGGCCGCAAAUUCGAGAAAUGCGGGUGCGGGUUGCAAUUGCCCAAUGUGACCACGUAUCCAGAAAAGACACAUGUGCUUCAGGCGGUGCGCUGCAAGUGCUACAGGCCUUUACAGCGCCCUCGCCAGGAGCAGAGCACGGUGCCCUCGUUUGGCGAGUCGUGGCGGUGCGUCGAGCGUCCUCCUCGACGCGUUUCGGCCAGGAGAAGGAGAAAUUGCAGAUCCGACCCUCUUGGCUGCUGCUGCGUUUGAAACGGCCUCCCCCCCAUCUCGCGAGGGUCCUCUCUCGCACCUGUUCGAUGGGGCGGCCCAUCCGUUCGAGAAGCCCACACCCCUGCCCACGCCCAAGCCUCAAGCCAAAAGCCACGCCAUGUACCUUUUUUUUCCCCUCCCUGCUGCGGACGCUGCCGCAGGCACAGCAGGCAUGCCAAAAUACACCAGCGCCGAGGUCCCCACCACAGUGCAGACGGCGGGCGGCGCGCUUACUUUGAGACCUACUCCACGAGCCGAGCUUCGCUCCCAGAAAGAGGACACAGUUGUUUUUAUCUAA